AUGGCAACGCUUUCACCAGUAACACCCAAUCAUUCUGAAGUGCUAAUUACUGCAAUCGAAAUGACUGCUGAACCAAAACCUUUACUCGCCAUUACAUUUGCCUGCAUCAGCUUGCUGGCCCUAAUGGCAAAUUGUACGUUACUAAUAUAUAUCAUUUACAACAGACUGUAUCGUAACUUCAUUUCAUCCCAUUUCAUAGCCCAUUUAUGCAUAACAAAUGCGGCAGCCCUAUGCCUCCUAUUGCCAAUGUUCAUUUACAAUGUGUGGUCAGGAGUCAACAUUUGGGCCCACAGUAACGUGAUGUGCCGAGUACAGGCUCUGCUUACAUGUGCUGCAUGGACCGUAAUACAUUUCAUGGCACUCUGCAUAGCUGGCGUACAUUUGUUGACAUUUGCACGGAUACAUUAUGAACAGCUCUUUGGUUUACCACCCAAUAUGCUGUGCGUUCUUUCCUGGCUGUUGGCAUUUGGUUUAUCACUACCAACAAUUACCAAUGGACAUAUCAUUAUCUACGACCCCUCGUUUAGGCACUGCAUAUGGGGAGACAGUGAUAGCGGCCUUAAAUUUUUGACAUAUCUUUUGAUUCUGGGAGUAUUUAUACCUGCAUCAUUGGCUUCUUACGCUUAUAUUCGAGUCCUCGGCAUACUCUAUCACAGUCCGAUCGUAUUUCAAAGUAUUGGCUUAUAUAAAAGUCGUUUUCUGGUUUAUUCAUUCUUGUUGAGUCCAUUCUAUCAGCUACCAUUCUACGCAAUAACGAUAGUCAAAGACUGGAGGAAACCGGAUUCAACAGUUCCUGUUCUAAUGUUAUUUCUAGCGUUCAUGCAGUGCUUCAUAUCUCCGGCUCUUUACGGAGCAUCUCUAUUUCUCAUGAAAGAAGAAGAUAUGGCGUUGACAGCUCGAGCUCACAAAGCGCCCAAUGCUCAUCCUCUCACGCAACAUUUAUGA